CACACCGACGCUGCCAGAAGUGAGAUUAACUGCUUGCAGUGUCAUCCAUCAGUGCCCAGCAGUGUCGCCCAUCAGUGCUGCCCAUCAGUGCCACCCAUCAAUGAUGCCCAGCAGUGCCGCCUGUCAGUGCUCCACAGCAGUGCUGCCGUCAGUGCUGCCCAGCAGUGCCACCCAACAAUGAUGCCCAGCAGUGCCAUCCAUCAGUGCCCAGCAGUGUCGCCCGUCAGUGCUGCCCAGCAGUGCCACCUGUCAGUGCCCAGCAGUGUCGCCAAUCACAGUGCCCAGCAGUGUCAUCCAUCAGUGCCCAGCAGUGCUGCCCAUCAAUGAUGCCCAGCAGUGCUGCCCAUCA